GGGCGAUGAUGCAAUUAACCACCGAGUAUGCAUAAAUAUCGUGAUUACCAUACGUCUGGAGCAGCUAUACCGGCAAAAUUCUUUUAUAAUGAGCAGAUCUGUUACAACCAACCAGCUGUGAAAAGUUCCCAACAGAAGUCUGGUGGCGCUGUAUGUAACGUAAACGUGCAGUGCAGCAACAGCCGGACACUUGGUUCUUGUUCAACUUGUUCUGCUCCCAGCCUUUUCAGGUUUUCAAGUUUAAACUCCAGACAGGAUAGCCUGAAUGCAGCUCAUCCUGUGCACUCUCCUGUUGAGCUGGCAGGCAGCAGCCACACUGUCUGGUCAUGAUGCCACCCCGCUAUCAACAGCAGAGGAUCUACUCAAGACGGAACUAAGGAAUUUCAAGUUAGAACUUGCAAGAUCUGAGAGUAUGCUGUUAGGAAAGCUGCCAAUCCCCUUACAGAGGCCCAGUAGAAGUGCUGACAUCACUGCUUCAAACCUGUACCAUCCCUUCUCUUUCCCUACGGAAGCUGGCAGUCAUAGAGACAUAGCGGUUGAAGACGUUGUUGUGGAUCAGUCCUUCUACACACCUGGGGUGACUGACCUGGAGUAUUUGGAGUACAGCGGCCAGAAGUUCAUCACCAUGGUAACAGGAGAUGGCAAGGCUGAGGUCUACCUGUUGAACAUGACAACCGGUCACUUCAGCUGGACAGCUGAGCUAGACAUCAGUGGAGGUGGCGAUGCACCACAUAACCGCUUCCUGGGCGUGUCGACAGGAGAGAUCCCCAAUUCUCGUAUCAAGGCCUCAUCCAGCAAAAGCAGGUUCCACCAAGCACAUCAGGCCAGGCUCCACCUGCAGGAGACUACCAGAACUGCAGGUGCUUGGGUAGCUGGUGAAAAUAACAGGAGGCAGUGGCUACAGGUGGACCUAGGACAGGUGACUCAGGUGACAGGCAUAAUCACUCAAGGAAGGAACUACCACCUCCGUAACGCAGAUGGCAGCCAUCUUGAGUAUGUAACACAUUUUAAGGUGCAGUUCACUAAUGACGGGACAACAUUCACGACAUAUAAGGACAAGUCAGGCAAUGAUGUGGUGUUUGAUGGUAACAGUGACCGAGACACCCCACAGGUAAACAUGUUCGUGCAGAAUGGACCAAUCACAGCCCAGUACAUCCGGGUGGUGCCAGUGCAGUGGAAGAACAACAUCGCCAUGAGAAUAGAGCUACUCGGAGAGAAAGAGUCAGUAAAGCAGCUCAGAUACUUCAGUGCAGCUUCCAACUGUCAUGGCGAGGGUGACCCUGCUGUGAGACAGUACUGUGCAGUCUUGUCUGACAACACUUUGAGGAUAUAUGAUGUCAUCAUGCCUUUCUUUUUCCUGAUGCAGACACCUGUGCAGACCCUCCACUUCUCCUACCAGGCCAGAGGUCUUCACCUGUUCCACAUCCCACAGCAGGGACCCACUGAUCCACUGUACCUACUGGUCCUGCCUGCGAAGGGAGCCAUGGUGCCCACUGUGGAUGGACAGCUGACAGUACCUAUAUACAGCUGGCAGAGAGACACUGAGUCCCAGUGUUUGUUCCACCACAUGAGCAGCGAUCCUGUCAUCCCAGAAACAGGACAGGAUGCAGAGAGUUUCCUCAUCAACAGUGAGAUGUUCAUGGUCAUCGCGCAUCACUCCGACUCCCAGGGAGAAAUCUCAUCCGAAUCUACAGUUCUGAAAUACAACCAACAUAAUGCUGUGUUUCAACAUCUGCAGAGCCUCGAUGUAAAGGGAGCUGUAGAUGUAGAAUAUUUCCGGAUAGGGCAGGAUCCAUAUCUGGCCCUAGCAGCAGGCUCUGGUACUGCAGAAGCCAGGCCAGGAGAAGUGCAGUCAUCGUACAUCUUCAAGUGGAAUGGUUAUCAUUUUGAGUUGCUGCAGACCAUUUCAGUGAAUGGAGGUCAAAAGUUUGAGUCCGUUUCAGUCCCAAGCAGUGAGAAAACUAAACUGCUUUCUCUUGUACACCAUGGCACCAUCCAUUCUUCACAUAGUACAACCAGCAUUUUCCAGUACAGAAACCAGAACAGGCAGUUUGAACUGGUUCAGCAACAAUUGCCAGUUGGGCAAAGCCAUCCAGGAGAUGCGCCUGCUGACAUAGUGUCAUUGGUCCAUCAAGGGAAGAGCUACCUGGCUGUUGCACGUGGUAGCUGGACAACGCUGUACAGACUGGAUGUGGCUGACAAGUUAUUGCCCAGCGUUGUAAAGGUGGAAAAGCAGAAGAUUUUGGACAGCAUCAGUGAACUUAAGCAAAACAUCAGUGAGUUGAGCAGCAGUGUACAGACCCUGUCAGCACGUGUUGAGGACGACACCCUAACAAAGACAGGGGAUCAGGUCAUCACUGGGACAAAAACCUUUACUGGAAAUGUGACCAUCAGGCAUCUUGUUGCUAAGAACAUCACUGUAGGGACAACUGUUGUAGAUGCACCUGAAACAUCUAUGUAUGGGGAGGGACUGGUUGCCAUGGAAACCAUCAAGGCUCAAGUUGGGGAGCAGCAAGCAGCCAUAGAGAGCAUCAAGGGGAGGCUACAAGAUGCUGUGGCCACUGACAAGGCCCAGAAGAUUCCCAACCAUCUGGUGCUUGAGGACAAAGUGGUGUUGAAUGGCGACCUGUCGGCACAGAAGAUUACAGUGAAGAUGAUCAAUGAACUGAACAUCCCACAGCUGCAACAGGAAGCAGUCAGGCUGGAUAGAGAGGCUGAGAUGAACGGAAGUCUGACAGUCCAUGGAGAUGUUGUCAUCAUGGAAAACCUCAAUGUCGAUGGAACCUAUAAUGAAGUAGACUUGUCAUCAGAUGCCAUGACUGUCGCUACACCACAGAACAUUACAGGAUUGGUGACGUUCACCAACAAUGUCAUGGUCGCAGGAGACCUGGAGUUAGCAGGGACGCUAAACGGUGUGGACCUGUCUGAGGAGGUUGUGACCUUGGCUGGAAACCAUUCCAUCACAGGUAAAAAGACUUUUCUGGAUAACCUUUACUUAAGAGGAGAUGUUGUCCUGGCCGAUGGUUCCACUGUAGAUGGGAUUGAUGUUGUUCAACUUUCUGAGAAUGUGAUGACCACCCAAGGGGACCAAAUCAUCACAGGAUCCAAGACAGUUACAGGGGAUCUUACACUUCUCAGUAACCUGGCCAUCACAGGGAACGUGAAUGACAUUGACGUCUCCGACAUGGAUGAAAGAGCCGUCAAACUGGACGAGCCAGCGGACGUGACCGGACACAAGACUUUUGUGGAUGAUGUGGAGGUACACGGAGACGUAGAACUAAGUGGGCGCCUGAAUGGUGUAGACCUGUGGGAAGAUCUGGUCAUUCUUAGAGAUGACCCAGACUGUAGUUUCCCCUUUGACUACCUGAACAAGACUUACGACAGCCGCACCAUGGAUGACGGACAGCAGCCCUGGUGUUCACUGGUACCUGUGCUAGAGGAGGGGCAGGAGAGCUGGAAGUAUUGUCCAGGUGUGAUAACUGGCUAUAAGACCUUCAGUGGUAACGUGACUGUGCUGGGAGAUCUGUAUGUGACUGGGACAGUUGAUGGUAUUCACCUGCCUGAAGACAUUGUUACACUGACAGGAGACCACAACAUUACUGGGAUGAAGACAUUUAAUGGUGGAAUAACAGUCAUUAGGGAUGUGACCGUGGCAGGCACGGUAGAUGGGGUAGAUCUGAGACAGCUGCAGGAAAAUGUUGUCACACUGACAACAGACCAAGUCAUCACAGGCCAGUACACAUUUCAGGGUGAGGUGAACAUCACAGAGAACAUGCAUGUCUCUGGAGAAGUGGAUGGUGUUGACUUGAGUGAGCUGGCAGAGGAUGUUGUCUAUAUCAACUACUCAGAUGUUCAGGAAGUGGAAAGCCAGAAGAUCUUCAGUGAAGAUGUAAAUGUGACAGAAGAACUGACAGUGACUGGGACCAUCAAUGGCUUCAACAUGGAGGAAGACUUUGUACAUAACACAGAAAAUCAGACAAUCACUGGACACAAAACCUUUACCGCUCCUGUAACCAUCUAUGGGGACCUUACAGUGAAGGGGACUAUUGAUGGUGUAAACUUGACCACGCUCCAACAGGACAUGGUCACUCUCAGUGGGGAUCAGAUUAUCCGAGGCCACAAGACUUUUAGCAGCAGCAUCAUUGUAGAGAAUGAUCUCAUCAUGGGCGAGGGUUGCACACUGAACGGCAUCGACCUCUCCGAAGAUGCAGUCUUGCUAAACGGCAGCCAGACGAUCGCUGGCACUAAAGUAUUCCAGAAUGGGAUGGUGGUGGAAGGUGCUCUGACUGUGGAAGGUAGUCUGCACGUGGAGGGACAGGUGGAUGGUGUGAACUUGCAAGACUUUGCUGACAACCGAGUCACCUUGUGGACAGAUCAGGUCAUCUCGGGAAGGAAGAAUUUCACUGAUGAUGUCAUUGUGGAAGGAGAUGCAGUAGUGAAUGGAACCCUGAAUGGACUCAACUUGCAGGAAUUUGUAGAGGACAUGAUGCUGAGCUCAGUACCCCAGAGUGUGACAGGCAGAAAGGUGUUCCUGGGACAGGUGACUGUCGAGGGAGAUGUCAUCACAAACGGGACCGUAGAUGGAGUGGACCUAGCUGAGCUGAUGGGACAGGUUAUCUACCUUGACAAGGAGUACAACAUAACAGGGAACAAGAUUUUCAGUGAUCCUGUGGUUAUCCAGGGGGACCUGUUUGUGCAAGAGCUGGUGGAUGGGGUCAAUAUUACCCAACUGAAGCAGGAUAUGGUCUACAACACCGGGACACCUCAGGUCAUCACAGGUACAAUAACAUUCCUGGAUGGUUUCCAUGUGGAGGGUGACAUCCAUGUGCUGGACAUGGUGCAGGGUAUGGACAUCAGCGAGGAGCUGUGGACUGUGUCAGCUGACCAAGUCAUCAGUGGACAGUAUGUCUUCCAGGGUUAUGUGACUGUGCAUCAGGACAUGGAGAUACAAGAUACAGUGAAUGGGCUGGACCUGUCAGAGGAUGUGCUACAGUGGAUGACCCUGGAUGACCCCCAGGAUGUAUUUGGAAACAUUACGUUUGAGAGCGAUGUGUUUGUCACACACAACCUAGAGGUUACUGGGACCAUCAGUGGUGUGGAUCUGUCCAAGUGUGUUGAAGAUGCUGUGAUGGUUGCAGGGGACAACAUCAUUUCAGGGUCCAAACAUUUCCUGGGUCCUGUGACUGUCCAUGGAGACUUGUUUGUGGAGAAUGUCAAUGAAGUCAACUGGCCUGACUUUGUUGGCAACAUCGUCACCAUCCAUGGAGAUGAGGAGAUCACAGGCAGUAAGACUUUCCUUGGUGAGGUGGUGAUGAACAGCACAGUGACUGUACAUGGGCAUUUGUGGUGUGGAGGGAUGGUGGAUGGUGUGGAUCUCACCUUGAUGCAGGAGGAGGCCAUUUAUCUGGACAGGCAGCAGCAGGUUACAGGCUGUAAAAGUUUCAGCAGUCCUGACGGGUUGGUAGUGGAGGGGAACGUCAUCAUUCAUGGGAAUGUCAACAGUAUCAGCAUGGCAGACGUGGUCAUGACAUCACGUGCCCAGAUGAUCACAGGUGAAAAGACUUUCCUGAAUGGCAUUGAAGUCAAAGGAAAUAUCCAACUGACUGGUCUAUUGGAUGGAGUUAACCUGGUGGAGGCAGAGGCUGACUCACUCAAGAUUUCAGGAAACCAGAUUGUGAGAGGCAAGAAAGUAUUCUUGUCUGAUGUAACUGUAAUGGGUGAUGUCAGCAUGACAGACGGAGUACAGCUGAACGGCCUGGAUAGUUGA